AUGAAAUACUUCAAAGUAAUCCUGACCAUAAGUCUGAGUGCUUUCUGCCUGGUGGGAGAGCUUGAGGGCCAUGGUAUGAUGUUGGAUCCCGUGGGAAGAUCUUCGCGAUGGCGCUACGACUCUUCUGCUCCCAAAAAUUACGAAGAUAACGGAUUGUAUUGCGGUGGCUUUUGGAAACAAACCGAAAAUGGAGGACGCUGUGGUCUCUGCGGCGAUGAUUGGAGUCUGGAACAGCCGCGACCCAACGAACUGGGUGGCAAAUACGGCAGUGGCAUCAUUGUGAGGACCUUUGCGGGCCUAAGCGAGGCUGAAAUUAACGUAAAGAUCACGGCCAAUCACUUGGGCUACUUUAGCUUCCACAUCUGUAACCUGGAUGAAAAUGGCAGCGAAUCGGAGGAGUGCUUCAACAAGAUUCCGCUGAAGUUUUCCGAUGGAAAUCUCAAGUACAACAUCAACACCCGGACGGGGGAUAUUCCGGUGACUCUUCAGCUUCCCAGUGAUCUGAACUGCGGCCACUGUGUCCUCCGCUGGACCUACACGGCGGGCAACAACUGGGGCGUGUGUGAGGAUGGCACGGGAGCCAUGGGCUGUGGAGCUCAGGAGAAUUUUGUGAAUUGCGCUGACAUUAGUGUCCUGUCUUCGGCCAGAAAUCUGAUCCAUGAGGUUCCAGUGGAAGUGGUUGAGGUAUAA